CCUGCAGCAUCAGUGGGUCCCCGCGAAGGACAGGGGGUGUUUGUAGGACACAGGGCCCGUGGAGGGAGGGGACCUGGCCUGGGCACGGAUCCCAAAGAGGCCCCGGGGCCGCCGCUGGAUGGAGUCGGGCUGCAUUCACACCGCAAUGGCUAUGGGUCUGACACCAAAAAAGGCGUCUGCUCGGAGCGUCGGUGCGGAGCGAAAAAACCUCAUCACGGUUUGCAGAUUCUCGGUAAAGACGCUCCUAGAAAAGUACACAGCAGAGCCCAUAGAUGACUCAGCCGAGGAGUUUAUUAACUUUGCCGCCAUUUUAGAGCACAUCCUCAGCCACCGCUUCAAAGGUUCAGGAAGCUGGUUCAGCUCAGAUGGGCAGCGCAGCUUCUGGGAAUAUAUCCGGAUGGCGUGCAGCAAGGUGCAGAACAACUGCAUCGCCAGCAUUGAAAACAUAGAGAAGAUCAGCACAUCGAGGGCAAAGGGUCGCGCCUGGAUUCGAGUGGCUCUGAUGGAGAAACGCCUGUCCGAAUAUGUGUCCACUGCUCUGAGGGACACGAGAACUACCAGGAGGUUCUAUGAUGAUGGGGCCAUCAUGCUGAGAGAAGAGGCCCAAGUCCUGACUGGCAUGCUGAUCGGAUUGAGUGCCAUUGACUUCAGUUUUUGCUUGAAGGGGGAGACUCUGGAUGGGAAAUCCUCAGCUGUGAUCGACUACACACCCUACCUGAAGUUCACUCAGAGCUACGACUACCUGAGCGAUGAGGAGGACCGUCACAGUGUGGACAGCAGUAACAGCGAGGAGAGUGUCCCCGAGCACCCCUACAUCCCUCUGGUGACCGACGAGGAGAGCUGGAGCAACAAGUGUCGCAAGAUGGAGCAGAGGUUUAAGAUCGUCUACGCCCAGAAGGGCUAUCUGGAGGAGCUGGUGCGCCUGCGGGAGUCGCAGCUGAAGAACGUGGAGACGGAGAACAAGCGGCUGAGAGCAAAGGUGGAGGAGCAGGCGGUCCAGAGCCAACAGGAGAAGAAGGAGCUGGAGGCCGUCGUGCUCGAGCUGCAGGCACAACUCUCGGCCCUCGUGCCCUGUGAUUCCUCCCAUCUGGCUAAAGAUCUUUCCAUCCCGCUGGUCAACCAGUGGUCCGUCAUCACAAACAACCAGUCCGAUGUCAAGCUUUUCCGCAGGAGGAGUUUCCACAGUUUGGAGCAACUUUCCGUCGAAGUCAGUCUGAACUCUGACUCCCAAAUAACCGAUGGGAGACAGAACGGAGACCUUGCUUGGAGUUCAGCAGGAAAAGACAAUACUCCCUCCAUGCUGGGUCUCUGUGGCUCUCUGGCCUCCCUGCCGAGCUCCAAGUCGCUGGCCAGCCUCAAGUCCAGCGAGUGUUUGGUCAACAUCAGCGCGGAACCCAGCCCGGCGCUCACUCCCAGCUAGCUCCCGACCAGCCACGGAGAUUGAACCCCUUCCGCCCGUCCCGCCUGGUGAUGCUGCGUUGACCGCAAACCCGACGAAAAACCCCGCUUCCAUAAUCCUCCAAGACCGUCCACGGCUCUGUGAGAACAGGGAAGUCAUGACUCCAUUUCUGGAUUUUUGUAUACACAUACAGUGAAGUCUCCAUGAAGUUGAAAGGAUCCGUCAUGCUUUUGGUUCCCUCCCUUCUCUUCGCCUUCGUCCGCUCAACUCCUCUCAAUCGCUCUGCCUCGACCACUUUGUCCUCUCUGUGAAUCUCUUCAUCCCAAAUCCUGCAAUCGCUCUGCAAACUCCUGUCACACCUUUAUCCAAAGCAUCCCAUUCUUUCCUUAAAUUGUACUCUUAUGUCGCUCUUUAUUUGAAUAUCAGCUUUCUUCCCCCAUAGUGUUUGUGCAACUGCUCUAUUGGAUUUUCUUGUCAGAAAGUGACUAAAACGGCACAUGCAGCCUUUUGGAUCUCCCAAAAAGAGAUGUGAUGAUCAUUUUAAGAGAUACAGAUAAUCCAUAUAAGGAAUAGAAUGGGUUUUUACAGACUGUCUUCACAGUGACUUAGCACUAAGAAGUAAGUGUUAUGGGUGUGACGGAUUUGGGAUCAUUCUUGCUUGAAUAAUCAAACACUGUUUAAAUCUGUGCAGCUAAUUAUUGAAUUAAUCCAAUCUUACAGCACAGCAUACGUUCACUUCUCUUAUUUUAUCUUUUUUCUUUUUACAUGUAUAUUUAGAGUUAUUUCUGUUGGGUUUGUGUUGCAAUAAACUGCCUUUUUCCAUUA